CCCCGCCGCCGCGCCGGCGCCUGGAGCUCGCCUGCGAAGGAGUCCAGACGCCUAGCAGGCAAGAUCCUCCAUACUGUGCUGGCUGUUUCUUGUGCAGUCUGUGCCGCCCUCUGUAUAUGCAUUGCACACCGGAAUAGUCUGCAGCGGAGAUUGCGCUGUCUAAUCUUCAGCCCAGCUCUGAUCGUCCUUCUUAUUGAUUGCGCCUGCCUGAUAACUGGGGCACAACUCAAGAUAAGGACUCAGGAGUCACCCGCAAAGAUGUGCUUCGUGAAGCAGAGGCACUAACGAGCUCUGCAGAGGGUGCGUGCUGAGAGAGGCACCAGCAGGGAGGAAGAAGAGCAAAGGCUCCAAAACCCAGAGAAAGAGCUCUCAGGAUGCCGGAGCCAGCGAAGUCCACCUCUGCCCCCAAAAAGGGCUCCAAGAAAGCCGUGACGAAGACCCAGAAGAAGGGCGAUAAGAAGCGACACAAGAGCAGGAAAGAAAGCUACUCCAUCUACGUUUACAAGGUGCUGAAGCAGGUCCACCCCGACACCGGCAUCUCCUCCAAGGCCAUGGGCAUCAUGAACUCCUUCGUCAAUGACAUCUUUGAGCGCAUUGCUGGAGAAGCCUCCCGCCUGGCCCAUUACAACAAGCGCUCCACCAUCACCUCCCGGGAGAUUCAGACGGCCGUGCGCCUGCUGCUCCCGGGAGAGCUGGCCAAGCACGCCGUCUCGGAGGGCACCAAGGCCGUCACCAAGUACACGAGCUCCAAGUAGCCAGAUGCCACCUCUCCAAUGGGACCAUCAAGCACCAGACCCUCCGCGCAAGCACAGAUAGGCAGCCACGGUCCGGAUAAACGUCACAGCUAUUAUCCACAGCAAUUUACAGCCUUGGGAUGGGCAUGACAAGCUGUCUGGUGGAAGAGGAGACGGUGAUCUGGAUGUCGGCUGAUUUUCAUAGUCUGUUCGGGAUGUGCGACGGGUUCUGUGGGGCUGGUGGAGGAGGCCUCUGCUUUCACAUCUCAUCCGAAGGACUGACCGUCUGCAGUGUAUCCAAACUCUCCUCUGUGCUUGGCAAACAUGCAUGUUUGGCGCUGGCAGGAGAGACUGGCAGCGGUAACACAGAGACGCCGUCUCUGAAGUCUUCCUGUUUGGCUGCUUUCUCACAGUCAUCUGAGAUGGGCACCGAGGAGUCAGCGCUGGUAUCCUCUCCCUUGUAGCCCAGAUCCAUCCUGGUGUACAGUGGCACAGCCCACCCCAUGCCGGCAGAAGUGGCAUCGACAGCUACCGGGCACAGGCUGUAGAAUAAAGUGUAUUGAAUCAACAGCUAUCUGUGCUUAACAGCCUGUUUUAAAGAGCAAGCCUGGCAGGCAGGCAGAUGCCCAGGAUGAUACCAAGCACUGUUCCUCCUUGUCACUCCUGGUGGAUGAGCCAUCGAACAGGCUGAGGGUGCCGGCGCUGGAGCUGCCUGCUGCCUCCCACCUUGUGCUGAGGUGGAUGGAUGGACAAGGGGGGAUGGUGGGGCUGGUUCGCUGCCUUCCCUGGCUGCUGCUUUGCCUGCUUUAGGACUUGCUUUGAUGUGCAAGACGUUGCUAAUUCUGCUGCUUUUCAGAUACUUUCCUCCCUCGAUGCUGCCUGGGUGCUCCUUUCCACUGUAAGCGUGGGCGAGACAGGGUGGUGCCCAAGGGUGUCCCCUCUCCUGCGAGUGCUGGGGUGGCACAGGACAAACAGAACAGGGGUGUCGGGAGGGGACUGAGGAUUUGGAAAGGCAUUUGGGUGGCUAGCACAGUCCGGAGGAGAGGCAGGCUCCCCACAGAGAUCGCUGCGGGCAGCUCACCUGGUCCUGCCUUCCCUGCUUUAUUCACUGGUUAAAAAGCAAAAUCAAAAACUGGGGCUGGGUGGAUGUAUAGGGACACUUGCCUGCAUCCCAGUGAUAUUUUAAAGAUUAAAUAAUUUUAAACUACUUGAGAUACUCCCCGUGUCUUCUCAAAGUCCACAGUAAGGUGAGCAAUAAUAAAAUCCUGAAUAAAGCCAUAGAGAUUAGUGGAGGGACAUCUCAGUUGCAGGUUUAUCUUGCCCAAACUGCUGGAUAGCAGAAGAGGAGCAUGUGUAGAAUUGGUGUGAAGUUGAAGCUUCCUACUCAAAACACAAAAUUAGCCAACAUUUUUAAAAAAUACCAAAAUCUCUGGUAGGCAGUAGCACUCAGAUAAAAAAUAUUCAUGUCUUUAAAAUAACAACUGCUUUCUGCAGUGUAUUCUGUAAAUAAAAAGGGCAGCAAAGACACAGGAUCCAGAACUAAGUGCAGGUUCUCUCCAAACUCCAAGACCUUGUUUUUAAUGAAAAGGUAAAUUCAUACUCCAAAACAACAACCUUGCAGUACAUCUCUCACUUUCCCCUACAUUUAUCUCUAUCCUGUUUCUUUACACUUUGAGAGUGAUGGGGACCCUUGACAAAUUUAUGUUGCUUUUGGAGCUGUAGGACUCUGCAGCUCCAGAAGAUUCAUUUAUUUCUUGUUUUUAUAACAGUGUUGCAGUCAUUUUCCAGUUGGUCUGAGGAAAGGACCGCAUAGACCUGCUCAACCAAGAGCACCUCAGAAACCCGAGAGCAGCAUGGAGUCCCACGUGGUCUCUGUGCAAGAGCGAAGGUCAAGUUAUUUAUGGGCUGCUCCCAUCCCCCUCCUGCAGCUUGGAGUUUGAACACCCCACACCCAAAAAGGGGCUUUCCUCCCAUACUUUGCUCAGUGAUAGCACACUCCAGCCACGUUUCAUACCGUAAUGCCAGCAGGAAUGCCUAGCGAUAUCUUUCAGAAGGACCAAAAGCCGGGUCCCCAGCUGACAAUGCCCACAACAAGCAGCUCCCAGCAGCAGUACCUGUACUCGCUAGCAUUGGUAACCCGGACCACUUGGCCAGGACACUGUGGAGGUGACAGCUUAGCACUUCCUUCACUUCCUUUUGUUUUCCAAUCAAAUAGUCAAAAUCAGGUACCAAAGAUGAAAAUGUAUCUGCAGUGGGCCUAGAGCCACCGUCCUUGGUCCCUCUCCCACCAGAAAUCAGACAGCGGAUGAUGCAGAAGGGGAAUAUAGGGAGUGAAGAGCUGGCUGGCAGUGCUGGAGCUUUCUCCUCCUGUCCCUAUGAGCUGCAGGUCAGAAUUCAUCCCCUUGGGGAGUCCUCCUGAAGGUAGGAAUUCAGAGUGGAAUAAAUCCGCUCCAGUUCAAGCGGUGUGUGCAAGCCAGGACACAUAUGUCCCAGGAUUACCCGGCACAGCCUCUAAAUCCUCACUCUUUCGAGCAGAACAGAGUCCUGCUCCAGCCUCCGCAGGCCACAAGAUGUCAGGAAAAUGAAAUGAGAUGUUGUCCUUCCAGGGUCUCCUGGGCAGCUCGGGGAGCCAGGGACAAGGGUGGGCGCUCGGAUGAGAGCUGCUGGCCCCAUACACAUGCUCACAGAACUGGUCUCAUUUUCUUCGGCCACUGUUGCCACUCUCCAUUUUUGGAGAUUGUUUCAGAGAGAGGAGAAACGGCGAUUUAAGGCUAUAAAAAUACUUGAAGACUUAAAGAGGAUUUUUAUAUUGUCUAAAGCCAGGUGACUGAGACUGGUCAUCUCCAUCCAUUUAUAUUUUAGGCUGUCAUUGCACACGUCAUUUGCUCUUCACUCUCCCAUGGUAUCGCUUUUUUACUUGCCCCUGACAAUGUGGAGCACAGGAUUGAGGAACUGAUCCAGCUUAAAAUGAACCUUUUUUUUUUUUCUUUUCUUGCAAGCCUCAUUUUAACCCAGUUCUGGUGGCUGCUCUGAUCUGUCACUGUCAUAUAGACGCUUGUGCCAGCCAAGGGAAGGGCUGAUCCAGGAAAGGCAGAAAGCAGCUGGGAAAUUAAUGGCCUUAGUGUCAAAGGAGAAAUCAAGAAAGGAAAUCUGUGUCUCCUGCAGUGGUUCAGUUAGCAGAAAAGACGUGGCUUUUAAAUACACCACUACGGGUGUUACCCUUGCAGUGUCCCACAAGCAGUUUCUCUGACAGUCCUGGCACUGGAAAUGGACACAUCCCAUUUCUGCAGAUCCCAGAGGACUCAAGUGUUACAGAAGGGAAAGGGAGCAGAUUGGGAAAGGGACUCUGCUCCCAUUCAGCCACCAAACCGUAGCGGCUGGAGGCUCCUUGUUCAGCAGGCAAAAAGCAUGCCCUUCCCGCAGCUGCCUGCUACUGUAUAGGCACACGCUCACAGCAGUUUAACAGGAAUUAUUUUGACUGUGAUGAGCUAGACUGAGCCUUAAAAGUAGAGGCAAUAGAGAAUUGACUAAAAGUUCAAGCAUCGAUUGUCCACUCAGUCAACUGAGGUGUGUCAUACUCCACAGUUCCCUGGUAAGAGGAUUUGCUGCAGAAAAGGGGUUCUGUGCUUCAGGACCUGUGCUUUCAAAAAAUACGUAUUUACAGCUCUGGAACUGAUAAAACAUUUUUAAAAUGAAGAUAAUACACCAAGCCCCACUGUCCCUACCUGAUUCCUACUGCAAUCCCAGAAGCAUCUCUGGGACAUUCUUGUGUUUUGCCAAUUAAAAAAAAAAGUCAACUGCAGAUUGAAAGUUGGAAAAGGAAGCUGAAAAAGUGAUACAGGUUGAUAUUAACCUCAUAGUAACCCCAUGGAGGUCACUGCACAGUUAUUUUUUUCAUGUACAAUUUAAGAAAUAAAAUUAGCUGCUAUAGAUCCACUCCUGAUUUUUCACCCUGCUUCCCUAGAAUAGCUUACAAGUCCACCCGCCCUUCACGGCAGACCUCAACCUGCAGAAGAACCGAGUGGCCAUGUGCACGGAGGUUUGCUCCUGCUCAGGACAGACAGGUCUUCAGUCAAGCAUGGGUCAAACAAGAGUAAAAACAAGUUGGAGGAUGAGUGCCUGUCCUGGACACUUGCGUGUUCUAGGAAGGGAUGCCUGAGCUGAGACCGCUGAAGAGCCCUGCCCGGAGGAGGCACGUGGCUGUGUGCCCUUCUGCCCUGGUGACAGGCAGCCAUGUGGAGGUAGCCCCAAGUCCCGGCCACCCCUGGAGUCAAGCUUGGCAUGGCCUCUGCACAGCCCUGAGCAUUUGUCCCAUCACAGCAUUUCCUGACAGUUUACAUCCAGACCAAAUUGUUUACAGGGAAAAGAAGAAUGUGAACUAAACCAUAAAAAUCACUUGCUGCCAGAAUUUCGGAAGUUCCCUGGGACCAGCACCUGGGGAGCACUCUCUCGUGCUUACUCUCCAUGCAUGGUAUCUCGUGGGCUUAUGUACACAGUUUUUCUGACAGUGUUACACCAAGUAUGAUCUAUGUUAUAUUACUGCUGGUUUAUGACCUAUCUUACAGCUAAUGACCUGUUUUCUGUUAAAUGUAUAAAUAAAAUGUAAAUGCCAACCUGUUGAAGGUCAG